AGCUUUGGAGGCUCAAGAGCCUAUCGAAGGAUCAAGGCCCGAUUUGGCGAAGCAUGGCGGUGGGCAAGAACAAGCGUCUCACCAAAGGCGGCAAGAAGGGCGGAAAGAAGAAGGCGGGCGACCCCUUCCUCCGGAAGGAGUGGUAUGACAUCAAGGCCCCAAGCAUGUUCAGCGUGCGCAACUGCGGUAAGACCCUGGUGUCUCGUACCCAGGGCACCAAGAUCGCCACGGAGGAGCUCAAGGGCCGGGUCUUGGAGGUCAAUCUGGCCGAUCUGAACAGCGAUGAGGACCAGGCAUCCAAGAAGAUUCGGCUUUGCAUUGAGGAAGUGCAGGGCAGGAACUGCCUCACCGACUUUCACGGCAUGGAGCUGACCAGAGACAAGAUUUGCUCGCUCAUCAAGAAAUGGCAGACACUGAUCGAGGCCCAUGUGGACGUUAAGACCGCGGACAAUUACGUGGUGCGGCUGUUUUGUUUGGCCUUCACUGCGCGGCAGCGAGAGCAGGUGAAGGCCAAUACCUACGCGCAGUCGGCGCAGAUCCGGAAGAUCCGGGCCAAGAUGGUGGAUAUCAUGACUCAGGAGGGCAGCAAGUGUCUGCUGCGCGACCUCGUCAAGAAGCUCAUCCCAGAGGUCAUCGGCAAGGCGAUCGAGAAGCAGUGCAGAGGAACCUUUCCUCUGAAGGACUGCAUGAUUCGCAAGGUGAAGAUCAUUAAGAAGCCGAAGUUUGACAUUACAAAGCUGAUGGAGCUCCAUGGCGACGGCGGCGAUGACGUGGGCAUGGAGAUGGUCCGCCCGGAGGCCGAGGAGGCAGUCAACACAUUGACCGCUGAUGUGACGGCAGCUGCUGAUGAGGACUGAGUGCCAGCGCUAGACAGCUACUAAUGAGGACUGAGUGCCAGUGCUAGAGUCCACAGCAGCUCUAGAGCCAAGCUGGCAUUGCUUCGCGCAAGAC